UUGCUUCUCAAAAAAAUCUUAGGACAGGCAUUCACAGAGCCACUUAUGGCUCCCCAUGUUGUUGUAAUCCCAUUUCCAGCUCAGGGACAAAUAAAUCCCCUGAUAAGACUCUCUCAGAAGCUUGCUUCUCAAGGCAUUACUAUAACCUUCGUAAAUACAGACUUCAAUCACUUCAAAAUCAUCAAAGCUCGCAACGCGCAUCCUGGAACUCUAGAGAGCCCAUGUUUAAAUAUUCGUUUUGUUCAAGUUUCAGAUGGCUUGCCGCUUGAUUUCAACCGAAUGGCCAUGCCAGUGGAAGCCUUCAAUGCACUCAUGACAACCAUGAGAGCUUCUGCAGAAGAUCUUCUUUACAAACUCUUAACACAGAGCUGUGAACCUCCGGUUUCGUGUAUAAUUGGCAGCUCAUUUCUUAUAUGGUCCUUUGAUGUUGCUAAGAAAUUUGAGCUUCCAUUUAUAGCCUUCUGGUCACAGGCAGUGAGCGUUCAAGUCAUCUACAGACAUUUGUCAAUGAUUAUUGACAAUGGAGACUUUCCUCCCAAAGGCAUGAUAGACUACAUUCCAGGUCUUCCCCUAAUGCACCCCCAAGAUUUCCCAUCAGAUAUUCAAUCAGGAGACCCAUCAAACCCUAUGCAUCAGGUUGUUUUGCAACAGCUCCCUGCUCUGGAGGAAGCCGCCUGGAUUAUUAGCAACACAGUCUAUGAACUAGAAAGCCAAGCAAACGAUGUCAUUAAAGAAAAAUCUCCUCUUUUUGGCCCGAUUGGUCCGUUAAUGCCCUCAACUUACUUCGAAGGCGAAGGUAAACAAUAG